AUGCCAGUUUCUGUUGAAAAUUCUUCCCCACUCAAAGGAAUUUUGUUUGAUACUACAGACAACGAAAAUAACUACGCAAACAUGGGAACAGCUAACACUCUGGAAAGAUCGAAGACAAAUUCAUUUUAUUGUCAAAAGGAAUCGGCUCAAUUCUACGACAACAUGCAACUGAAUGGAACAUCAAAAUUCUCGUUGCGUUCCGGUGCUCAGUCCGAGGCCAACUCAAAAAAUCUUGGAAUGCAAGCCGGCGAAUCUCCCGUACAAUAUUUACCAAAUGAAAAUUUAAGGAAUCUCCAGGACUCCGCUUCCUACCUGUCGAGUUUUUCUUCGUUACACGGUUAUACUACCCUAGGCGCGCAGUGGGACCAAUUUACCACCGCUCCUCUGCAUCAGACUCACACUCUGUCAAGUUCACAAAACCCUAAUGUACAUCCGUUCAACUCUAUACAAACUUUAAGUCAUCCUUUCACCCCAAAUGAACUGCCAGAUUCAGCUAGUUCUUACGUUUCUUUGGACAGCUUAGCACAGACCGAUAUUAAUCGCGUCAGGGAUACCUCUGACACUGCAACCACUACCCCUGUUACCGAAAAUUCUGGAGCAAUCAACAAAUCUGACUUCAAAACUGAAACAAACGAAGGUUUGGUGGCAUGGUCAAACAAAAGUUCGCAUUUGCCAGCAGUGGAUGGCCGCGAGGCGGAAUCUCAGGGAUCCUUUGAUUUAUCCCUUCCUUGGAAUUCAGUUGAAUUGCCUCCCGUCUCUUUAUAUGAAAAACUCAAAGCAGUCCAGGAAGCAAACGCUGUUUCCGAUAGAUUGUGGACAACCACUCCAAAAGGUCAAAAUUUACAGCAGCAAACGAAUGAUGUGCAAGGAUUGAGCAUCACAGGUUGGCACGCAGGUGAUUUUCUGGAAAAAUCUGAACAGGUUAGAACAUUCAAGAUGGAGGAUGUAAUGCAUUUGGCCGCCAACCAGUUGGAGAGUGACAGUUAUAAUACGAAACCUCCAGACUCUUCCAAUUGUGUUGACUUCCUUUCCUACGCAAACCAAGAUCAUACUCAGUCUUCAUUGACCUGUACAUCGUUUCAACCUGAGAUGUCUACAUUCGCUCUCUCGUCCUCCAGUUCCGAAGUCAAUGAACAAGACAAUUUAAUUCAGAUGUCCAAACAGAAUGACGCUUUCCAUUCCAUUUACUGCAAAACUGAGGAUGAAUUUUCGUCAUCAUCUUUAAAUCCUAGUGUUUAUCAGGAGUCUAUCGAUAACCUCUUCCACAAAGCAACCAAGGGGUUGUUCUAUGCCCUCUUGGGUGCUCUACAGCUGCACACAGCUGGUUGCUGCAAUGUCUCGCUCUCGCCCUCUUUGGCGAUCGAUCUACGUCGAGGCGGAGCGGGCCAGAACCAGAGCAAGGUUCCGCUCGGCCACACAAACUCAUACAAGUGUGCAAUCGCCUACUUCUGCAAUUUCGGAUAA